UUGAGCAAAAAGGUCCUAAAUAAACAUGCACAUUUAUCAAUAUGGACACCGAAAUUAUCAUGACAAUAUUUAAGUUAUUAUUUAAAUUAACAUUAAACGAUUCCCCUUUUCCGUAUCGUUUUUAUAUAUUCUAGGUGCUGGUUUAUCAAUUGGCUACAUGGCUCCUUUUGCUGUAGUAGUUUUGAUGUAUAAAGUAGAUGCAAGUUUUCCAAUAGCAUUGCUGACAGUUGCAGGAAGUGUCGGACAGAUAAUUAUGCCACAUAUCUAUAGGAUUCUUCUUGAUGACUUCCACUGGUCAGGCGUUUUCAUCAUCCUUGCCGGUAUCGCUCUACAAGGUUUUCCGUGCGGUAUUUUGAUUCAUUAUUCCAAAGAUGUUGUUGACAGAAGCGGCGAAAAUAAUGUCACGUCUGCAAUAUUUGACAGAAAACUAUGUAUGGAUCGUGUAGUUUGGCUGUACCUUCUGAACAUCAUUCUUAUUGUUAGUACAGCAAACUUUGAAAUGUGGUUUCUUGUUGACCAGAUGUCAUCACUUGGUUAUACGUAUGUCUUUGGAACAGCUCUUAUUUCUGUAAUAGGAUUUGCAAACCUUGUUGGACGCUUGUUAGGAAGCAUCGUGAAAUUAAAGACAAAAUCAUUCCCAGCUGUGUAUAAUAUGUUAUAUACGUGUCCUGUUCUAGCAGUUGGACAUUCCCUUUUCAUACUACUGCAGACUCUCGACAAAUGGAUGUAUGUAGCCUGUGCCGUUCAUGGGUUCGCAUUUGGUUUAAUGAACGUGUUUCUUCCAGUUAUUAUGUACGAAUUUGUCGACAAUGAAAACUUUCAACAAGCUGUUUCUUUUCUGAACAUGGCAUAUGGAGUCGGAAAUCUACUAAGCAAUUAUGUCGGAGGUAGCUUAAGGGACCUAUAUGGAGAUUAUGACCUCACAUACGAGGUUGGAAUCGUUGUUUCUAUAUUAGUAACGCUCGGUUUGAUAAUCAUAGCGUGCAUUAUGAGAAAACGGGAAAGGGCAAAAUUGUGUUUGAUUCAUCAACAUGUAUUACUCUCUUCACAGUACAAAUCUAUAGAUUAAACUAUGUUUAACAAAAAUUUUACAAUAAGUGUUGAAGAAACUUGCAUUCUUUCUUUUUAAAACGGAAUUACAUUCAUUUAGAUCUUUCUUUGGUAAUUGUCUACUUUCGAUGUAUAAGGAUGGUGUAAACCAUGUAGAAUAUAAAAAUGUUAUUUUGUUUUCAUUUGUAAGAGAUAAACAGAUUUCAGUCAACUCUGUAAACCGUAAUUGAUUUAAAUAUCAAAUAAGAUAAUUAUCUACAGAUUGUUUAAUAAUAACGGUGUCAUGAGUGUUUUAAAAUGCGAACGGUCUUCAUAACUAUGGAAUUAUCAGAUCUUAUAUAAAGUGUAAUCUUACUCUUCAUCAGAUUUUAAUCCUUUGACAAAUUACUAUAAAUAUUGUGAAGAUUAUAUUUACAAUCGUUGCUUUGAAACAGUUUUUAAGAAGUUAAACAAUUAAACUUAAUAUCACAUAUUUUUCAAAUCUUGCAUGCUUUUAGUUUUGUCAUAAAACAGCUUGGAUACACACGCCGCCUAACAACUGAUAAUUUUUCUUAAUUGUGCAUAAUUUUGUUUAAUAUGUUUUCCGGUACUUAAAGUCACUAUUCAUAGAAUACAACAAGAAUGUUAAUUUGAAGGUACGUAAGUUCCGCUGUAUUCGGGCAGGCGUUUUAAAUACUAUUAAACAUUAACUUUCCCUCUAUUGUCUCAAAUUAAGAUGUGCCUGUAAUAAUAUGUAUUAUAAGGUUGCAGCAUUUUAUUUAUUUACUGGUUUCCAUUUUGUGUAUCUAUAUCCGUGUUUAAAAUAAUGUUUUUUUUUUGUGUUUUUAAAUAUGCACCUGGUGAAACUAUCUUACAGGCUUUUGCAACAUGUAAGAAGCUUGGUUUGUAUAAAACGUUCAAGAAUGACAGUGGAAAGUCCUAGGUACACGCAGUUUCUCUAACAAAACGUGUAAAUAAAUCUACAGAUGCUCCUUAAUUUAAAAUUUCAAAAUUAUCAAAGACGUAUAAAACAUGUGUAAUUCUACUAAAAUCAUGGGCUCUUCUGCGUGGUUCGGAGUUUGUAUUUACCACUAGUCAAUGAAAAUGCUAAAUUACAUCGAGUCUGCACUCUUUCCAAUGUUGUUGCAUUUUGCAUUCUUCAAGUUUCCCAUUAUUGUUAUUUUCACGAAACUACAUAGACAUUGAAUUAAAAAUGAAUACUUCCAGAAAAAAUAAGCUUCAUUUAUCUUUUCCUUUUUUAUUUUUUUUUAACAUUUUCAAAAUUUGAUAAAAUCGCGGAUAAAUAAUCAAUAAGGUAAAAAGUAAACAUAUAAUGGUUGUGAUAUUCUUAAAACGUAUUCUCCGUCGCUGUGGUGCUUCUAAAAGACUCUUCUUAUAAUGACUAACAUUUUGUAAACCUUAGUAGAUGGAAUUAUUUGCUACCUUAUUCAGAAGUACAUAUUUGACAUCGGGUUUAAAGAUGUGUAUCCUCCCACAACUGUUUAAUCAAACAAAAAGUUCACAAGUUAAAGGUUUUAGUUGGUAGCACACUUACGGUGAAUGGCUUUCGGGGUUUUCAAACGUUUUUUUGACGUCACAGUUUAUGACUUUGUGAAAACCUUCAUACUGCGCCGUAUUGCUAUGUUUGCUUAGAUAUGCAUGUUGUGAGCAUAAUGUGUUUAAUCGUUCAUUUUAAAAAGGAUAUAUUAUGCAUAUUGUUUUUAAUUAAUGGCUUAGUCCCGGCUAUUUUUAUCACCCCUCGUAUAUUAAGGAACAGUAUGCAACUUUUCUUUGAUUUCAUAAAUUAGAAUCUGUUAUAUAAUAUUGAUUUUGAUACAUCAAAUUAUAUCACUGUAUAAAUGCAAUAACACCGAUGAACAUUCAGACAGAAUGCAGGAAUCUCAACC